GCUCGGGAUCCUGCUCAUGAUCAUCCACGCGGAGAUAUGUCCCUACGUUUAUAAACCGGGCACAAACAUCGCCCUGAUCAUCAACUGUUCCAUCAGCCUGUCCACCGGGUGUCUCAUCAUCCUCAUCAUAGCUUUUCAUUAUAAGGACAUCAGGCUGUUCAUCACUGACCACAACCAGGUGGACUGGCGUAUCGCCUUGACCAGCCACCGGGUUCUGGUGAUCACCGUGGAGCUGUUAGUGUGCUCCAUCCACCCCAUAGGCACAUACUGGAAGGUGGGCCUCCACUUCAACUCCUCUGCCCCAGCUCCGCUCUGUCAUACCAGCCAUCACAACAGGGCCCUGCUGGACAUGGAGCUGCUGCUGUCAGUGCUGAUGUUCCUGCGUUUGUACUUGGUGCACAGAGCCAUCCUGCUGCACAGCAAAGUGCUGCUCAGUGCCUCCUACAGGAGCAUCGGCUCGCUCAACAACAUCAACUUCACCUUCCGCUUUGUUCUCAAGGUACUGAUGAACAAGCACCCGGCACGCACGCUGCUGGUCUUCAUCCUCUUCUUCUGGCUCACUGCGUCCUGGAUGCUUACGCUGUGUGAGAGGCAGACCCAGGCAGUAACAGGCCACAUAGACACGUCUCUGUGGCUCAUCGCCAUCACCUUCCUCACAGUGGGCUAUGGGGAUGUGGCGCCCACCACCAGCUGUGGCAAGGUGGUGUGUCUCUUCACUGGAGUCAUGGGUGUAGCCUGCACGGCCAUGCUGGUGGCAGUCAUCACCAAGAAGUUGGUUCUGAACAAAGGAGAGAAACAUGUGCACUUCUUCAUGCUGGACAUCCAGAUCUCGAAAAGGAUCCGCCACGCUGCUGCUAACGUUAUGAGGGAAUGCUGGCUCUUGCAUCGCACCAACCUGACGAAGGGAAACCGCGAUUCCGUCAUUUGCGCUUCAAACAAAGACAACUGAGGGAUUACGUGAGUGAGAUGGUGGACCUGCCUAAGAUGCAGAUGAUCAUGUGUGACCUGAGCGCCAACUGGAACAACUCCUAUCGGGAGCUGGAGCAGCGCAUCCUCUCCAUGGAGCAGAAGCUGGACGAACUGAGUCGCUGCUUCCAACAAACAUCUGAGCUGCUGUCUCAGUUCCUACAUCACCCCAACCCGGAGAUCAGGUGACACGGCUCCAAUGCGUUUCUGAAGAAAAGAGAGAGUGAACUGCCUUCAGUGUUUUCAUAAACAAGAUCCAUGAAAAUGCAGUGAAUCCUCUCCAACCACAGCUGCUCCAGACUCUUUAACUUGCUGAACCACUUGGAGGACUGACAU